AUGGCGGACGUGCUGAGCGUUCUCCGUCAGUAUAACAUCCAAAAAAAGGAAAUUGUUGCAAAAGGAGAUGAAGUUAUAUUUGGAGAAUUUUCAUGGCCGAAAAAUGUUAAGACGAACUACAUAAUCUGGGGAACUGGCAAAGAGGGGCAACCAAAGGAAUAUUAUACAUUGGACUCUAUUUUAUUCUUACUCAAUAAUGUACAUCUUCCUCACCCUUCGUAUGUGCGGAGAGCUGCCACUGAGAAUAUUCCUGUGGUCCGAAGACCUGAUCGAAAGGGUUUAUUGUCUUAUCUCAAUGGCGAGAGCUCUACAUCUUCAAGUAUUGACAGAAGUGCGCCCAUAGAAAUUGGCUUGCAAAGGCCAACACAAGUAAAAAGGGCGGCAGAUGAAGUAUCUUCUGAAACAAAAAAACCUAGAAUUGAGGAUGAGGAACGUGUGCGUCUGGAUAAAGAGCGCUUGGCGGCUCGACUUGAGGGACAUAAAGAAGGAAUUGUACAAACGGACCAGAUCAGAUCUUUGUCUGAAGCCAUGUCUGUGGAGAAAAUUGCAGCCAUUAAGGCUAAGAUCAUGGCUAAGAAGCGCUCCACCAUCAAAACCGACCUGGAUGAUGACAUAACCCAGAAGCAGAGAAGUUUUGUAGAUGCAGAAGUGGAUGUCACCAGAGAUAUUGUGAGCAGAGAGAGGGUUUGGAGAACCAGGACAACUAUUCUACAGAGCACGGGAAAGAAUUUCUCCAAGAACAUCUUUGCCAUUCUUCAGUCAGUUAAAGCCAGAGAAGAAGGCCGUGCUCCAGAACAGAGACCAGCACCAAAUGCCCCUCAAGUGGAUCCUUCCAUUAGAAACAAACAGCCAGUCCCAGCAGCCUACAACAGAUAUGAUCAGGAGCGAUUCAAAGGAAAAGAAGAAACGGAGGGAUUUAAAAUUGAUACCAUGGGUACUUAUCACGGGAUGACCCUGAAGUCAGUGACGGAAGGAGCCUCGGCACGGAAAGCCCAGACACCAGCCUUGCAGCCUGUCCCUCGCCCAGUGUCACAAGCCCGACCACCUCCAAACCAGAAGAAAGGCUCUCGUACACCUAUUAUCAUUAUCCCUGCAGCUACCACAUCUCUUGUUACUAUGCUGAAUGCUAAAGACCUUCUGCAGGAUCUGAAAUUUGUGACAUCAGACGAAAAGAAAAAGCAGGGAAUUCCUCGAGACAAUGAGGUUCUGCUGCAGAGACGCAAAGACCAGAUCCAGCCCGGGGGCGCGACCCUCAGUGUCACUGUCCCGUACAGAGUCAUCGAUCAGCCGCUAAAACUGGCCCCGCAGGAUUGGGACCGAGUUGUAGCGGUGUUUGUGCAGGGACCUGCCUGGCAGUUCAAGGGCUGGCCCUGGCUGCUGCCGGAUGGAUCUCCUGUUGACAUAUUUGCCAAAAUUCGGGCUUUCCACUUAAAAUAUGACGAGGCCAAAAUAGACCCAAAUGUGCAAAAGUGGGAUGUGACUGUGCUGGAGCUGAGCCGCCAUAGGCGCCAUUUGGACCGGCCAGUCUUCCUGCGCUUUUGGGAAACUCUGGACAGAUACAUGGUGAAACACAAAGCCCAUCUCAGGUUCUGA